UAGUGUUACUGUUUUGAAACGAGGACGUUUCUUUUUGUGGGAGGGGAGUUAUGUAACCUAUUUUUCUGGACUUGCCUGUUAGUGAUUUUAAGUUCCUGUUAUAAGCUGUUGCCACAGUAUAUGCCUUGAGCUCUUAUUUUGAAGGCUGAAGAGAGAGCGGGAGUGUUGUACGCCGUGUUGUUGCUGUGGAGUUCUGUUGGGGAAGAAUCCCAGUAAAGUGGUCCUCGUGUGAAAGUGGAGCCUCCGUAUUUGUUAUUUUAUAGUUUCAUACCGUAUAGGCGACAUCUACAAACCCUCGGUUACAUUUAUUUAUCAUGAUUCAACUGUAAUUAUAUGUACAAGUGCGUGACAUGGUCACCGGUUUGUUUCCUGACUGCUCACACGGGAACUUCUCCUCGUCGUCUUCACGAGCAACCAUCUUCCAGCCCUGAGAGGUCAUGAAGUGCUUUUCCAUCGCCGCCCUGAUUCUCAGCUUCUUCUGUGUCCCUGCACAAACUUUCCAUGAACUUCAGUAUCUCAUCAGCUGUUAUUCGAAUGGAAGUGAAAUACAUGCGACGCUUGACGAUGAGCAGAUUUUCUAUGUGGAUUUCCAGACAAGAAAGCUUGUUGGCACCCUGGCCCCACUAUUUGACCAAUCUUCAAUUACUUUUGAUCCAACAACACAAUUUCACAUUGCUUUGAAAUAUAAGACGUAUUGUGAAGAACUACUCAUAUAUCUGAUAGCAGAAGAAAAAAAUCCAUCUUGGCAAAAAGAUGCCCCCGAGAGCACCAUCUACUCGCUGGAUGAAAUAGAGCUCGGGAGAGAGAACAGCCUCAUCUGCUUUGUGAAUAGUUUCUACCCCCCUUCCAUCCAAGUUCACUGGGUCAAGAAUGGCUACCCGGUGGCAGAAGGGGCAUCUCUGAGUCGCUACUAUCUCAAUGAUGAUGGGACUUUCCACCAGUUCUCCACCCUGACUUUUACCCCGAGUAAGGGAGAUGUCUACAGCUGCACCGUGGAGCACACAGCCCUGGAGCAACCUAUAACGGCAACCUGGGAGCUGAAGCCCAGGCUUCCCAUCUUUGGACCUGAUAUAUUCUGUGGAGCUGGCGCUGCUCUGGGGGUGCUGGGUGUCGCAGUUGGGACAGUUCUCAUCGUCAAGGCGUGCAAUGAACAGUAACUCCUUCCUGCCGGGGACCCUUUUAGCAUCUCAGACUGCAGCUGGAUGAGAAACAGUGCUUUCUAACAGUGGCAAGCUUGAAUGGUGUGAAACAAUGUGAAGGCCCUACAAGGGAAGAACACACAUAAUGCCUUUUACAGAUUUUCCUAGUUAAUCCAAUAUAAACUGAUCAGUUAAGAGGUUCUUCGCCUGCAUUGUAACAUUUUUCAUUCAUACAGGGAGCUGAAAUUUAGUUUUAUUCUGUGCUUGUGAAUGGCCCAAAAUCUGUGGGUUUGUUUCCUGUUUACUGUCAUUAUUUUUCUUGCCUGAAAUGGUAGUCGGUACCAGCAAAUAAAUACCCGACUGAUUGCAUCAGCCUG